GCGACUACCUAGUUGCCUACCUCCUUUUCACCCAUUUCUCACAUUUGCAACUUAUCCAUGUAACCUGUGGCCUUAAUGUUGUUUUGAUUUGAACACUCACUUUCUGGACCAACGAGACGAAAAGACACAGGACACACAAGCGAACCACCUCGCCAUUCAGCUUUGCAGUCCUUGCAGCGUGCAUGGAUAGGAGAUAGUUUUGGCCGACGUAUGUCCGCCUGCGGCAGAGCAUCUACAAUGCCGCAAAGAAAAACCGAGAGAGAUGAUCCUCAAGCGACCCAGACCGGGCAAGCCGGCGAUGCUAUCGCUUCGCCGGCAAGCACCAGUCGAAAAUAUAACCACCAGGCUCUCAUUGAAUCCUCCUAUGGUGAAACUCGAGCGCUACAGGACCCUGAUGUUUAUAUUAGGUAUCUUUGCAAUACAACGGUUUUGCAACGUCCUUGGCUCAAGUUCGAGGACAUAUACUGCCAUCUCAGAUGCGUCUGCACGCGUCAUUCAUUUCCUGUUCGUCCAGGUCCGGGAUGUCUCAACAACUCGGAAGGCAAGCCGAGCCAUCAGAUUAUUGCCGACUUCCCAAUGUCCCAUCGAUGCUUCCUGACCUUCAACCGCCUUCUGGACUACCUUAAAGGCUGCUUUAGCAGCCACAAAGACUGGCGUGAAGCCGUCAACAAACAUGGCGAACUUCCCUUCGACCCCGAGUUGUUUACCCGAGGCUUUUUUGCCGCUCCCGAAUCGAAGCUCGGCUAUUUGAAUCACGACCCCAAGACGCCACAAGGACAAGUCCACCCAUUUUGGGCAGGCUUUUACGAGCAUCAGGCGGCCAAUUGGGACCUCAGAAUUGAGCCUGCAGUAAAAGAAGCCAUGAGAACUUUUGGCAAGGGUCGGAGACAAGAGCUCAAGCGGAAACGCGAUGAACCCAACGACGGAAGCCCGCGAAAGCGUCCCAGCAAGAAGGACACAGUCAAGGCUCAAAACAACUUUGUUGCUGCUGCCAUGAGAAGGCUCGUCGUAUCGGACCAGGACGGAGAAAAACUGCCCCCAGAUCCCGUAGAGCCCGUAGAGCCCGUAGAGCCCGCAGAGCCCGCAGAGCGGACCGAACCUGCAGCAAGGAAUCAGCAGCCUUCGGCUCAGGCCAACCCUGUUUCUAGCAUAUCCCAAGAUUUACCUGCUGUAAAUUUGGAAAUGGGUCACGGCCUUUCAAACGUGUCUGGAGCAUCUGUCUUCGACCCCUUGGCCUUUAUGUAUACACCUGAAGCCCACUCGAAACCUCAGGAAAGACCUACCAAGAUCGACAGGCAGGCGGCGAGGGUAGCUCGAGAUGCAAGCGGGCCGAAAAGCAGCACGCUUGAUGGCAAGGCUUUCUCCGAAAUAGCUCAGGUCUAUACUAACGUCAGCAGUGAUGGGCACGAGUCUGACACUAGCGAUGACGAUGACAUCGAGGCCGAUCCGCGGAAGACACCUUCAAAAAUCAGAGGCGGACUUGCCGUUCCACAAGCCCUAAGUAAUACAGCCAAGUUAUCGGCGGACUCGGGCAGCACCACGGAACCCACAUCCCCACCAACAAUGACAAGAGCCGUAAAAUCUGAGGCAGAUUCGCCUGCCAAAACUCCCAACAGCAUCUCAGUCACGCCCACCAAAACCAUGCCAAAUGCACGUGGAAAUCUGGUGGUCGCAGCCCCGCCCGUCACCCCUCGCCGCAGCACCAGGCUGGCCAGAAACCCCAAUGACCUGAAAUCUAUGCGAAGGUGCCGCUACCCGGCGGAGACUCGAGAUGGCAAUGAGAGCGACAGCUCGGUAACAGUUGGCUUUCCAACGCCAGGUCGGAAGCCCAUCUGAACCUUGUUACUGCCGUCAGCCGUGACAAGAACUUGACGAU